AUGGCGGAGGGCUAUCAGGUCAUGGAAGAGCUGGGCAGCGGGAGCUUUGGAAAGGUGUUCAAGGCUAUUGACCGCAACACGGGCGAGACGGUCGCUAUCAAGCACAUCGACCUCGAAGACAGCAGCGAAGAACUGGCUGACAUCCAAGCCGAGAUUUCUCUUUUGAGCACCUGCCACAGCCCGUACAUCACCGAAUACAAGACAAGCUUUGUCAAGGGCGUCAAAUUAUGGAUCGUCAUGGAGUAUCUCGGCGGAGGAUCAGCCGCAGACUUGUUACAACCCGGUACUUUCAGUGAAGCGCACAUCGCAAUUACAUGUCGCGAGCUCCUCCUGGGACUCGACUACCUUCACUCGACGGGCAAGAUCCAUCGAGACAUCAAAGCCGCCAAUGUACUCCUCACUGAUCAGGGCAAGGUCAAACUUGCCGACUUUGGUGUCGCUGCGCAACUUACCAACAUGAAGUCCCAACGUAUGACAUUUGUCGGCACACCUUUCUGGAUGGCCCCCGAGGUGAUCCAAGAAGCUGGUUACGACUUUAGGGCCGAUAUCUGGUCUCUUGGAAUUACUGCCAUGGAGCUGGCCGAGGGCGCACCACCACACGCUGGAUCACACCCCAUGAAAGUGCUCUUUACCAUCCCAAAGAACCCGGCCCCCAGGCUAGAGGGUGAUCAGUGGAGCAAGGACUUCAAAGACUUCAUCGCUCAGUGUCUGAUCAAGGAUCCCGACCGACGAGCGACCGCAAAGGAGCUGCUGAAGCAUCGAUUCAUCCAGCGCGCAGGCAAGGUUGAGGCUCUGCGUGAACUGGUUGAGCGCAAGCAGAUGUACGACGCUCAGAAGGAGCAACAGGCAGCAUCACAUCCUAAAUACUACGAGGAGACCAUGCGCGACUUCUCGCCAAAAGCUGAAGAAGACGAUUGGGACUUUGAUACCGUCAAGUGCGGUACAGUUGCAGCACGACAAACCAUGAAGCAACGCAAGUCAUCUCGGCUGCCCUCUCUAGACAACGACGAGAUUCAUAGCAUGAUGGAGCACGUCGACCUAAACUCCUCCCCAUUAAGCGACAUUACCGAUUCACAGUCAGCCACGGCUUUGCGACACACAUCUGGCAACACACCGACUGCCCGUCGCGUUAGCAACGUCAACAACAAAUCACCCCUGGGUGUCGACAUGACUUUCGGCAACUCGCCAUCGACUGUACGACACUUCAAACGUGUUCCGUCGUGUGAGCGUCGCCCAGCGCUGCGCUCGAAUCCCCCGAGCCACUCCCAAAACAACCUUUCCUUCCAACCGAACCCACAGGCGCGCACCUUCCGACCGUCUCCACCAAGCUCCGACCACUCGUUUGAUGAGAACAAUGAGAAUGAGCCGCCUAUGCCCGACAAUACUCACAUGCCCAUCACCAAGGAUGCGCUAUAUGGUCGUCGCGCCUACAGCAAGGUUCUAGACUCUGUCUUCCAAGAAGCGGUCGCAGACAACGCAUCCACUUACCAGCGAGAGGCUAUCGGUCGCGUUGCCCAAGCAUGGCAGCACCUUGACGAGAUCGAUCCACAGGGCGAGUUCCUCCUUCUAAAGGCCAUGGUAGAUCGCCUCAAGAACGACACAAAGCUUGCCUCAGCCCUGGGUAUCGAAGUCUCACCUGUACAAUCACCCUUCAAGCACCACACAAAGACCAGCGAUAUCAGCUUAGGCGGCACCACCGUCCACGGCUCAGGCACCACGCGCGUCCGAUCCAAUACCACGACAUCGCCAACAUCAGGGGGUAAGGUCUCACCCAGCCACAAGCAUGCUCAACGAUGGGACAUGGGUUAA